CCUUCUGCCUGUUUAAGGAGUCGGAACCAGGAAUGCAGAGAAUUUUUGUCUAUACUGUUAAACUAUCCAUUAUUUCUCAAUGCCGUGUCAUUUACCUCUCUCCUUCCCUGGAUCCUGAGCCGAUGCCUCCCAUCCUCUCUCCUUAUCCAAGGCUCCCCCCAGUCUUUCUCUCCCUCCUUCUCUCACAUCAGGCGGAGUCUCCAAUCCCCAGUAGAGGGACCUCAUAUCUCGUGUAGGAAAACACAGAGCUUGUUAGGGAGAGGUGAGGCUGGACCACAGCACGGGGAUGAUCUGUUAUUAACUCCCAGUACAUAGUAGUAACCCAGCAGGGCCAGGCUGAUGCAGGAAAGCUACUUUAGCUCAUCACUUUCCUCCUUGCAUAGGAUGGAUCCUUCUAUUUCCCCAGCUCAACUUUCUCCUUCCAGAUGAUGAUGAGCCUGUUGCUCUUAGACCUGACUCCUAUUUGGGGAAGAUCUGCUAAGUGGGUGCUGUUUGAUUUUCGGGCUCCUUGUCUGUAUACCAAAGUGGGACAAGCCUUGAAAAAGAAGAAUAUUCAGCCCUCCAUGGAAUAAGAUCCCCUGCGCAAGCAAUGGAAGAGCCACCCUACUGCUACUGUCCAUCUCCGUGAAUAAAGACGAAAUGUGAGUACCUUUCAGUUCCCGAGCUCGGACCCCAUCCACACCUACCUAAUUCCACCUGAGUAUGCUGCUGGCUGGCCAUGCCUUUCUUAGACUGGUAUCUUCGAUGCUCAUUGGCCACGUGGCUGCUAUUGCACAGCUUUGUCCUAAUGUCUCUCUGCUUCCAGCCUGCCACAACCUUCCCCAAAGGCUGUUACCUCUCUCAGGAGGACGGCUACAACACUCUGCGAUGCAGCAAUGCACAGCUAACAGAGGUACCAAGGGACAUCCCCAAUGACACCCAUCGACUUUACUUAGACUUCAAUCAGAUCACCUACAUCCCUUCUGACGCCUUCCGUAACCUCCCUGAGCUUAUGGAGCUAGACCUUUCCCACAAUUCCUUGGGACGUCUGGAUGUUGCUUCCUUAAGGGGCCUGAGUGAUCACUUACACUCACUGGACCUGUCUUCCAACAAACUGGUGACUGUUAGCAAAGAGGUCUUUGCCAAUCUGAAAGCUCGGACAAACUUAUCUGGCAAUCCUUGGAUGUGUGACUGUGAACUCCAAGAAGUUAUCCGAUUGGUGGAGCUGGAGCCAGGUUCGUCCAGUGGGAUUGUGUGUGCUAACUCAGUACAAGAGGAGUACGCCGGCAAGCCUUUCCACCAGGUAAUAAAAGAGGUUGAUCUGUGCAAUGUUUACAAGAAAACAACUGAUGUGGCUAUGCUUGUCACCAUGUUCGGAUGGUUUGCCAUGGUCAUAUCGUAUCUAGUGUACUAUGUACGUCAGAACCAGGAGGAUGCUAGACGCCACCUUGAGUACCUCAAAUCCCUGCCAAGCAAGCAGAAGCACUCUGAGGAGCCAUCCACCCUCAGCACUGUGGUGUGACUCAGGAACAGGGAAAAGACCAAUCAGGCUCUUUAUCAUAAGGGUUUUCAUUGUUAUUUCUCCAAUUUGGUAUCCUUAUAUGGCUAAAUAGAUUAUUCCUAUUACUUAGGCCAUAAGGUCACCGUACCGCCUCCCCCCUGACCUUCACUGGAUUAUUCCUAUCAACACAAGACCACCCUGCCUACCUUAAUUAGGUUAUCAAUCACUGGAAACAUACACAGCUUUUUCCCAUGCUCCACUUGCUCUCUUCACUCCAUGCCAUAAAUCCAAGUGAAUAAGGGAUAAAACACAGACCUAAUUAAAUACGAACAAAAUAUGGUAUUAGCUAAGAACAGAGUAUGGAGGAAAGGGUAUAGAGGCUGAGCAAGGAUGGGAUGUUAUACAAUGCAUAGAUUUAGGGUCCCAACAGAUAAGACUGCAGGGCAUGAGAUGAUCAUUAUGAUUGGCCAGAUCUUAAAGGCAUAACCUCCCCUUUCCCUAUAAUAUCAAUAUUAAAGUACAUCAUAUGCACAUUAGCUCUGCAGAUAGGACUAAAAAUGCAGUCAUAAUAUCCAUAUUACCAUUAAUAACAUUUGGCACGUUUCCAUGUUGUUCAGAGUCUGCAAGGCUCAACAUUCCCUAAAUCACCUUGUUAUUGAUGUUCAUGGUGUGGUGCCAAUGAGCUCUAUCAAUAUGGGUUCCCCAGGCCCGUCCACCAUCAACAUGCCCUAAUUCGUCAUGGUCAUGGUGUGUUGCCAGGAAACGAUAUCAAUAUGAUUCUCUGCCUUCCCCAGGCCCCUCCACCACUUUUACUUUUGAUGUCUUUUAGUUAUUCAUUCUCAAUGACUUUUAAGUUCUUCAAUGAUCUCCUAUAAGUAAAAGCACUUGAAUUCUUGGUGAAAGAAACAACCCCUUGCCCUUUAUAAAGCUUCUCUAACAGCCUCUCAACCGCACAGAAAACAGCAGCGAUCUAUUUGUAGCCUGCAUGAUUCUUGUCUUGGCACAUCAUUGGGGUGAGCUUGUAAGCGAAAGGUCUGGAAAAGCAGCAUUCACCAUUACGGUGGAGUAAUAAGCUUGGCUGACGUAGAUCAGAGCUUUUAUUUAUAUGUCUUUUUAUUCUGCAAGGCAUGAUAUAUUGUCUGAGACUCGGUUCAGGAUUUGUCUUUUUAAAAUUGAUUUCCCCCUCCAUUUCCCCGAGCCCCUGCUUUGCAUUGCAUAGAUCCCUGCCCUUCUUGCUUGGUGACACCAUUCCACAUAUUCUUCUAUUACGCACAGCAAGCCCUACAUGUCAAUGCUGUAUAUAUAUAUAUAUGUUUUUUCUUGAGAUGUACAUUUCCCUGUGUUCCACCAAAUCUCAUCUCCGCGGCAUAAUCACUAGAUUUACAUGUAAUUUCCAUACAUUUCAUCUUGGAAUAAGCGCUGAAUGGAUGCUGAUGCUAUGAACCUAAGAUGCUUAACAUGAAUAUUAAACACAUUGCUGGAUUUAGGCCAGAUUUGACUUUAUCCUCACUUGUUUUCCAUUAAACGGAGGGUUCUUUUUCUGGUCUCUUUAGCAGUUAGGGAAUAAACAAUCAGGUGAAUAUUUUAAAGGGAUCCUGUCAUUGGAAAACAUGUUUUUUUCAAAACGCAUCAGUUAAUA